AUGUGCGAUACGCAGCAGCUAAAAGAUGCGUUUAAUGCCGCAGGCAAUUUUCUAAACCCCGUCCUUCAAAAGGAGGAGCUCCAAAAGUCCCGCGGGAGCUCACUACUUAAGAUAUUGAGUGAAGACUCAACAGAUGAAGCCUUAGAUGAAAAGUCAACAAGGGCUACUGUUAUCGGGAGGGCAUUAGACAUACUGACUCGUAUCCAUAUUGCGUUUGUCGCUCCAGUACAGGAUGCAGAACACCCGCAACCCAGCGGCGAGUCGGAAGAUGCCGCUUUGGAAGACGCAAAGCGACGCAGACUGUUACAUGCCCUCCUGGACCUCAUUUCUCUAGAGGGAAUUUAUCCAUCACUCUCAUCUGGGGCGGGAAUUCCUCUUCAGCAAAGGGUGAUUUCUGUAUUGCCGGCCGGCGUUAUUGCUCAUCAACCACAGAAGCCUACGAAUAACAAACUACAGAAUGAAGUGCUUCUGGAACACAUAAUGUCCGUACUUUCGGACAUCAUUUGUGAUGAGCGGUCCAGUAUACAACCUGUCAUUCGUGGCCGUAUCUUGAGCGAUAUAAUCAGUGCGGCCUCAGACUUAGCCUCGAAUGCAGAACAUUUAUCCCAAGAUAAGCAACAGCGCUACCGUGAUGUGCUCGUGAAGGUAGUUGAAGAAACACCUAGCCCAGUUUUGUUGUCCACCCUGUCGAGCUUCCUUCAGUCGGAUACAGCUCCGUGGUUCAAAUCAAUAGUUUCUAGUCAAAUAUCAAGGGUCCCUUUACGUCACGACGGGGUUUUGCAAACAAUACUCUUCCUAGCUUCACAGCUUGCUCCUUCACUAGGACAGGAGUCUCAAGACCAGACGUCUAAUGGCCCACACUUUACAGUGCAGGCGAUCAUGCAGUCAUCGCGCCUUCUAUCCUCAGUACCUCAGGGCAUGGACCCAGCGCACUAUUUUUCGAUCAUUGGGCCCCAACUAUUGACCUUAAUUGAUGGAGAUGAUCCGGAUUUGAAGAAGACUGCGGCAUACGUGGUUGGUAAUGGGAUUUUAUGCAAGCGUGCCUAUGGCGCACCCGGGACUAUAGGCCACUCUAUCUUCCUGGAACCGCUAUUCAAGACACUCACGGCUGGUCUGGAUAAUUCAUCAAGGAAUUGGAUGAUGUUAUCCUCAGCUAAAGGUGAAGACUUGCCGGACCGAGUCCUUGUGCCCGAAUCCUUGUUGGUGGUGGCAGUUGACAGACUGAGAAGUUUAGUUCUUCAGCCCCCGAACCCAAGUCUCGUGAAGAGACUUGUUUACCCAAUACUCGUUCCGCUCUGGGGAUUGGCUUGUUUUACUUUAGAGCAACAACAUAAUUCUCUUAAUGAGAAGAUCAUGGAAGUGUUACAAACGUACUUCGCUAUAUCUGUCGGAGAACAGCCACUGAAAAAGUUGGUUGAUCAUCUGCUCUGGGAUGGAGGUUCCCCCUGGACUUACAGUAUAGUUCCAACCCAUGGGAUCUCAUUGGUUAAACGUGAGACUGCCAAAUCAGAUCGGUUGAAUAUUGUACGACUUCUAGACACUCUACAGUCUCGGGCUAAGCUUUUCGUCGGCUUACUGGGAGCUGAUCCUAGCAGCGAAGAGCGCACCGGCGAUAUAUUUCUAUAUGUGAGCGAGAGCUGGCUCGUUCAAUCUCCGGUCAAUCAGCGACCUUUUGAUAAGUCUCAGCUCGGCCCCGAGAAUGAGGCUGAGAGCAUGGAACGCAAGCUGGUCAGCGCGAAACUGGCAGAGACCCUUCUAGAGAAUUUCAAAGAUAUCCUUUCUCGUCGGCCGCUCAGAGUACUCGAACUUAUUAAACAAAUCAUAGAUGGUGAGCUCAAUCGCACAAGUACACGAAAAAAGAGGGACGGCGAUCUAGGAACCGGCAAGGUAUCACUCUCCUCGCUGGCGAACAUUGUCCCUACGGAAGAAAAUGCACAACAAGACAACGCAGAAGAGUCAGACUCAACCGAAUCCCUACCAGCCGUUUUCAGUUUACUAUCCACCGUUCUUGCAUCCCCCGAGUUCUCGGCAUCGCAGGAUACUCUGCUGGUCCUCGAAAAUCUCAAAUCACGACUAGACCAAUUGAUCCCUUAUCUUCCACCGUCGCUUGCUAAGCCAGGGACGACUUCCUCAAUGCUUCUAGAAAUUCAUCUCACAUCUCCCUCCGAACAGAGCCAGAAACGUCCAUACUCCGAAACAUCUGAUUUUGAAACACAUCGCCGAGCCCUGACCAAUCUUAAUUCCGAUCUCCCUCCAGUCCAGGCUGAAGGGUUCUCACUUCUCUCUGACCUGAUUAAAAAAGCCUCUCCCGUCCUCGACAUACCGUCUACAUUAACCCUUCUUCUAUCUAUCAUAACAGAUCCGUCCGAAACUGCAGCUAAUGACGAGUUUAUCUAUCUGAAUGCAAUCAAACUGAUUGGCACAUUAGCCUCAAGACACCCCCGCACAGUUGUUAAAACACUAGUCGACCGUUACACAGAUCGAAAUGAAACCGCUAGUCUGGACCAGAGACUCAAAAUCGGAGAAUCUCUGUUACGAACUGUCCAAGACCUCGGCGAAGCAUUAACCGGAGAGACCGCAAAGAUUUUAGGCGAGGGUAUGGUUGCAGUCGCAGGGCGACGAGCACAAAAGCCGGAGACCCAAAAGCGCCGCAAACAACAACUCGAGAAAGAAAAACGACAGAAGGAGCGGGAAGAACGGCGAAACAAGGAACCAACAAUGCCAUCAGGCUGGAAGAUCUCGUCGCCUACACCAGCAACAAACAUACAAGAAGACGAAGACGGUUCAGACUCUGAGUCUCCUGAGCAAGCUGCCUAUUCCGCCAAUAUCAUCGCCGCCUGGGCUGCGGGUGCCUCGUCAGACGAGGAACCGGAUGAUCUGCGAGUCCGUGCAUCUGCGUUGUCUAUCCUGGCGACCGCGGUUCAAACUAAUAUUGCUGGCCUUGGACCUUCGGUGGCUUCAUCAGCUGUUGACCUUGCGCUUGCGACUCUUACCCUAGAGCAAGAUCCUGAGUCCGCAAUUCUCCGACGAGCAAGUGUUGUCCUGCUUCUCGAUAUCCUUAAGGCCCUCGAUACUACCCGUGAGGCUCGAGGAAGUCAAGCUCUCGGUUUUGGGUUCUCACUUGCAGAUGACUCGGCCAGUGGUAUGUCUUGGAAGGGUGAGAAUGCCAGCAACCGUGGGCCUUCGACUACAGGUAAUAUCCCGCAUAUGUUGCGGUCACUCACGUUUGUCGAGAGCCGCGAAACAGACACCAUUGUCCGUGGCCAUAUCCGUGUGCUGAUUGAGAAUUUGGAGGCUUGGGUAGAGAAGUCGUUGUUGUGGGGAAUUGGAGCCCAUGGUGAGAAUGAGCCAAGAGUCGAACUGGGGGACCGAAUCGCGGGCCUUCAAAUCGACCCUCUUGCAGGAAGAAAUGAAAGCGGACGGCCUAGGAUUGAAGAAAUUGAAUGA